AUGUCGUGCAUCAACCAUCUCCAUUCCCCCCUCCGCCGCCUCGUACGCGAAGCCGCCCGCUCGGCUCCUCGAGAUCUCCCCGCCUUCCUCGUCCCAGCGAUCACAACCGCACUCCUCAAACCCCGGAGCGCCAGACCCGCCUCAACGCUCGCUCACGCUCACACUCACACUUCUGCCGCUCCCGCCGCUCCCUCGCAUCAGUCCCGGAUCGGCCGCACGCCCAUCAAUGUCCCACCUGAAGUGCAACUCCGGUUCUACGGCCUGCCCAAGGGGAACGUGCGCAGUCGACAUCCCGACACGCCGAAUAUGGCUGUGGAAGUCACGGGGCCGUUAGGCCAAUUGACCGUCCCCCUCCCUCCGUACCUGCACGCGCAGCACGACGAGGCCGCGAGGAAAAUCUCCGUUCGAGUCGACGAUGUGGCAGAGAAACACCAGCGCGCCAUGUGGGGAACGAUGCGUGCCCUCCUCCAGAACUCCAUCUCGGGCGUCAGCGAAGGACAUCUGUCCAUCCUCCGGCUCGUCGGCGUCGGCUACCGCGCGACCAUCGAACCCACGGCCACCACCGUCGCCCCGACGUACCCGGGCCAGCAGUUUGUGAACCUCAAGCUCGGGUACGCUCACCCGGUGGAGCUGGGCGUGCCCGAGGGUGUUACGGCGUCGACGCCCCAGCCGACGCGGAUCCUGCUUCAGGGCGUCGACAGGCAGGUCGUCAAGCAGUUUGCCGCACAGAUCCGCAUGUGGAGGAAGCCCGAGCCGUAUAAAGGGAAGGGCAUCUUUGUGGAUGGCGAGACCAUUCGCUUGAAGGCCAAAAAGAUCAAGUGA